AUGAGCGCCUCAAUCAACACCACCACCAAACCCCUCCAACUCCCUGUCUUCCUCCGCCAAUCCAAAGCCGACAUCCAUGCCAAAUUCGUCGACCUCGAAUGGCAACAACGCGAUCGUCUCCUCCAAGGCACCAAACAACCACUCAAACCCACAGACCCGCAAUCAAAAUGGUCGCGGCUACAAGGCGACAGUAUCGCGAUCCGGAAUCGCUACUUGAACGUUGAGCCGUUCGCUGAGAACAGGAUAAAACUUAACGUGCCUGAUGAUGCCAACAACUACAUCAAUGCCAGCCCGAUUCAGUUGGGAAAGAGAAAGUACAUCGCCACGCAAGGCCCGAAAGAUACAAGCGUGAACCAUUUCUAUCGCAUGGUUGCGGCAGAGGUCAAGAGUCCGGUGGUUGUGGUCAUGUUGACGCAGACACAUGAGGCUGGCCGCGAGAAGUGCUUUCAGUACUAUCCGCUUUCCGCUGAGGAAUCGCCGCUAGUGAUUGGGAGGGAUCUAGACGUCAACGAUGGUUUUCAAGGGGAGGUGAUACUGGACCAGGUGCUUGAGGAUCCAACGACGAGGAGCGAGGUUCGGAGGUUGAGAUUAAGGACGACACAGAGUAGCAUGCAACCAAAGCACGAAGAAAAGGAGAUCCGCCACCUUCUCUUCUCCGGCUGGCCCGACUUCCUGAUUCCCGAAGGCGACGACCGUGAAGCGCUCGUCGAACUCAUUCGUCUUUCCAACACGCUGAACCGCACAUCAUCAAGCAAUACAUCCACAAACACGAUCGCCUCCUCAGCAGCAUCCGACUUCGCCUCAACGGACCAGGAUAAUCCACGCAUCAUCCACUGUUCCGCUGGUGUAGGCAGGAGCGGGACGUUUAUCGCGCUCGACUACCUCCUCAGCUUGAUGUACGCGGGUGAGCUGGACAACGUACCUUACGAAAAGGAUCUGGUGGCCGAUACCGUCGAUCUGCUGAGACAACAACGUAUGAUGAUGGUGCAGGGCGAGUCGCAAUUUCAUUUCGUCUAUGAUGUACUACGGGAGAAGAUGAUGGGUGGUGCGGCUGCGCCUAAGGCUUAG